AUGCCUUACUCUUCUUCACCCGACUCUCACACAAUCACCUACCCCUCACAAAACAACAACACCGACAACAUGGUCCGCUCAUCAUCAGCCGAGCCCGCAAAGAGCUCUAAGCGAAAGGGCACACGAAGCGUCUCUACCCUCACACCUUCACAACUCGCGCGCAAGAGAGCCAACGACCGAGAGGCUCAAAGAGCUAUCCGGGCGCGAACCAAGGAGCACAUUGACCGCCUGGAGCGCGAGCUGGAGGACCUCAAGAGCAAGCAAAGCCGUGAUCAGACAGUCCAGGAGCUUCUGCGACGGAACCAGGCGCUCGAGGAGGAGCUUAUGCGACUCAAGGAGAACAUGGGCGUCUCAAUGACCUCUUCGCCUUACUCUGCACCUGUAUACGAUGAUAACCUCAGCACAGGCAGCGGUGCCAUCCCCAGUCCUCGCGGCUCCCCCUUCCCUUCUGGCGACUACAGCCCCAUCCCCGACUAUGGACAGCAAUAUGUCCCCCUCCCUAACAACUGCGAGUCAUGGGCCAGCACAGUCCCCUGCCCCGUCCCCUCCAACGUCUCAAGCCCUUCCUCAUCUGCCGACGACUACAGCGCCGGCUACAUUCCCACAAGCGUGCCUACCUCGCUGAUGCCCUCAAACAACACAAGCUCCUCCAGCAUCAGCGUGGGCCACGCUCACAAGGACGUGAUCAAGAUGGAGUAUGAAGAUGUUGACUCUCACGUGUCUAGACGCCGGAUUCCGCCUCAGCAACCCCUCGCUUCAUCCCGUGUCCCAUACUUACGUGGCUCAACAGCAGCAGCCCGCCUGGAACAUGUAUCCCGUCUACUACCCCCAGGCUCAGUCCUCGGUCCAUUGAAGGGCCAAACUCAACCGGGCUCAUCCUGGCCGGGAUCUGGGCCCGUUCUCACCACUCCGCCGGCCUGUCGCUUCGAUGAGCUCUUAGUCGGCUUCCUCCAGGACUGCCGCCGCAUGAUCACCACAGAGUCUCUAGCUCACACUCUGGGUCCUCCUCAAAUAGACGUGCGCUCACUGUUUCGCGGCCAUGAUAGCCACGGUCAGAUCGCCUGCUCACCUCAUCCCAUCACCGACCUCAUCCGCAGCCUCAUCGACACAGCAGGAAUGGCACGACUGACUGAGCGCAUCGCCAUCUUUGCGCCUCUGCAAACCAUGAUCUGUUGGCUUGCACAGCCUACUCCAGAGAGACGCGCGCGACUAUGCGAAGACUACGUGCCGCGAGAGCGCCAACUGACAACUCCGCACCCUCAAUGGCUCGAUCUGCUCCUCUGGGGCAGUCUGCGCGAGGCCGCCAUCGAGCGGCAGAAUCUCUACGCUACAGACGAGUUUCAAAGGGUCUACUUCGACGCGCUGCGCCUUGUCAAUUGGCCUUAUCAGCCACUAGACGGCCUAGUCACAGAUCCGCAGACGGGCCACGUUGGGCUCACGGAUGCCCUCAUGGCCCAUGCCAUGAACGGUUCCAAUUGGCGUCUGGCUGGGACCUUUGCCCAAAGAUACCCUGAGCUUUGCGGGCUAGUGGCUCUGGAGUAG